CUCGAGCUCUCUUUUGUAGAGAAUAAUCGCUAAUGGUGCAGGCACUUCUGGCGGCGAAAGUAGUAGAUUUCUUGAAAUGGAUUACUGUGUGUUCAGCGUACACGAAGGGGCUUGUACGGGACCGCUGUUUCGAACUUGACGCGGCAAGUCUUCACGGGUCGUCGGCCGACGUGGAGAAAAUUUGUGGAGGCGUUUCGCACAUCGCCGAUGCUGUGUUAUGAAGACAGACGGAAUUAACAACCCGUCGUGCACAGCCGGCGCCGGCAGCGCGGAUCAAGCAUGCAGCCCGCAGCCGCAGAGCUGCCCGUCGCGCUCGUCGCGGUGCUACGGGCCGUCGAUGACGUCAUCGCCUCUCGGGCUCGUCGGCAGCGUCGCCCCGACGCUGCGCUUCCGGUCGGCCUCAUGCGGCGGCGCUGGUGGCGGCGCACAGGCCGGCCCGGGCACGAUCGGCCGGAAACAGCAGUCACCGCCCAAGCCUCUUGUUCGUAGCCGUGGCUGGCCUGCACUAGGCAACAGCCCCCUGACACCACUUGACCGAGUGGUGCGUGCGUGUCGCUCAGACCGGCACUCCGAUGGGGCCAUGGCAGGCGGAGCAGUACAGCAGCAACGCAGGUGUUCGCUGAGCAAGCUGCGGGGCACUGCACUGUGUGCCUACAGCUUUGGCAGCUGGGGCAGUGGCUGUGGUGCAGGUGGAGUGUCGGGGCCCCCCGAGCUGCAGCCAUCACACGGGGGCAGCACCAACCUACUUAGUGGAAGCUGGGUCUUCUACAGUGGAGGAGGGGCUCCCUCCUCACCGGUGGCAUCUCUGCUGCAGCCGGGAAAGGCAAUCGUCACCAUUGAUGCCUCCACCACACAGAUCCUGACGGCCAACAAGGCAGCCUGUGCCCUGUUGGGCGUUUUGAGCACCCAGGUGAGCAGCCAGCGCCUCUCCGAAUUCCUAGCCAUGAAGAAGGGCCAGUAUGCCCUCACUGAGGCCGAUGUUGAUGCUGCCGGAGAGGUGGUCGUCAUCGCUGGCAAAGUGAUGGACCUCAUAGACAGUGAUGGGAAAGUGGUUCCAGUGUCGGUGUGGGUCCGCAAGCUGGAAUCUGAUUCUGAGCCACGUUGCCUAGUUGUCAUGGAACCUGUGCAGCGGACGACGGCUGUGGUCACCUUUGAUUCUACCAGAGGCCAGAUAUUAAAUGCAGACAAGAGCUUGGCUGCAUUAUGCGGAUAUUCAGAUGGUGCCGAACUUGAAGGAACACUUAUUACGGACAUCAUUCCUUCUCUUGUGCUGCCUACCUGUGAGGAUGGCGUGGUCAAGAUGGUGCGCAAGCAGCAGGCAACAGGGCGCACACGAGAUGGCAGCACUUUCCCCCUGAGCAUUCUGCUUGAGCCGGUCUCUUCCAACAACGGGGGUGACUCGAGUGAGUGCAACAACCAGGGCGACAGCACCACAGCCGAGGCCAGCUCGGUGGCACCCAUUGCCAGUGUGUAUCGUGGAGUGGUCUGGGUGUUUGCCAACAUCAGCGGCAUGAUCACGGUGUUGCCGGAUGGCUCUAUCCACUCCUGCAACACAAACUUCUCCCUCAUGCUCUUCGGCUACACACAGAACCAGCUUCAGGGAAAGCACAUCACCGUGGUGAUCCCCACAUUCUAUGAUGACUUUGAGUACCUGGACACAGAUUCAGUGCCACUGCCACCAUUGGACGAUGACGAAGAAGACUCGAGGGCUUGCGCUUUUCUUGAUGAACGGCCGGAUUCAGACAGCACAGAGCUGUGCCGACCACUCAACCCGCUUGGGAAACCCUUUUCUCCGAGGGGAGGCGGUCAAAGGCGAGGCCACGGUGGCAGCCGGAGCAGCUCUGUCACUGGCGACGACCUACCUUUGCGCUUGCAAGAUCUGAGCAUGACUGGCUCUGUUAUUGGCUCUAGUUCUAGCCGAUCACUGGGUGUCUUCCAGAGGUCAACAUCGGCAGCUGAGCCUCUUGCUCCAGUUCUAGGCCCCUCCGGGGAAGGCCAAGCUUCGAGUGCAUCUGGUGAUGUCAAUGGCAAUAAUGUUGCGUCAUCCUCUGUGGACAGCCCCCGGAGGGUUCCUGGCUCUAGGCUGAAGAGCUCGCUGAGUGCUGAUGUCCUUGGCAGCCCGCUACUUCGUGGCGAGGGCGAUGUCUCUGCUAUGGGUUCAGCAGCUAAAAACCAGCAACAGCAGCAGCAGCAACGCUGUGGUGCCGCUGCGGAAGAAUGCUCAUUGACUGCAACACGCUCCCUGAGGGAUCUCGCGGAAGAGGAGGAGGAGGCAGAGAAUUACCUGCUACCACUGGGCGAGGCAAAGCUGCCAACAUCGGACAGUUUCCACUCUACAUCAACGAUGACGUCGAGCACGAUGCACAGUUCUGAGGAGAAUACCCAGGAAGCAUCCCUUCGGCGCCAUGGCUCUCAUCCGUCCACAGCAUCUGGUGCCGAUGCAGAUGAGGCUGUUAAUGAACGUAACCUCCAGGCAGAGCUGAAGACAUUCCGCAGCUGUGAUUCACUCCUCAGCAUUGCCGAGGGAUCCUACACAGGCCUUGGCAGGCAUCGAGAUGGCUCGCAUAUUGCCAUUGUAUACCAAAUCCGGAGGGUGGACCUGGAGGAAGGCUCAUCCAUCUACUGCCUCUGGGUGUCACGUGACCUUGAGGUGGAUAGUUGUCCACCACAAUACCCGACUCCGUCCUCUCCACUGCGCUCUUUGACGCUCGGCUCGGUCGGCUCCGACACAGAGGUGUCAUUAGAGGACACCAGCGAUUGUCACACAGAUGAUAAAGGCCCUACCGUACAUGACGAGUCUGUCGAGAAUGAAGCUGAGUACACGAGUGGGCUCUACGCUGAGCAUUACACGACCUUGCAGCAGAUUGGCAAAGGUGCUUACGGAUGUGUCAAGAUGGCGUACCGCAACUCAGACCGUCUCCUUGUGAUAACAAAGUUCAUCCGCAAGUGCAAGGUGUACGAGGAGAGCUGGGUACACGACCAGAUGAUGGGGAGGGUUGUGCCCCUAGAAGUGAGCCUGCUGACCACGCUCAGCCACCCCAACAUUGUGCGGGUGUUGGAUGUCUUCGAGAACAGCUCCCACUUCCAGAUGGUCAUGGAACGUCAUGGGGCUGGCAUGGAUCUCUUUGAGUUCAUUGACAGGGCACCGUGCCUUGAUGAGCCCCUUUCCUCGUACAUCUUCAGGCAGGUGGCAAGUGCCCUGUCAUACCUGCAUGGCCUGCACAUUCUCCAUCGUGAUGUCAAGGAUGAGAACAUCAUUAUCGAUGAGCAUUUCAAAGUGAAGCUUAUUGACUUUGGCUCUGCUGCAUUUAUGGCUCCUGACCGCCACUUCACCACCUUCUGCGGCACCGUCGAGUACUGCAGCCCUGAGGUCUUGCAGGGCAACCCAUAUGCUGGGCCUGAACUGGAGAUGUGGGCGUUGGGCGUGACCCUGUACACGCUCAUAUUUGGGGAGAACCCAUUCUUUGAUGUAGAAGAAACAAUCGCAGCAAUGCUCAAGCCACCCUAUGCAACUUCCAGAGAUCUCUGGGAGCUGAUUUCAUGGCUCCUUCAUCCUGACCCACGGCAGCGCUGCACUCUGGCCGAGGCCGAGCGCCACUCGUGGACCACUCAGCCUGUUUGCCCCGAGAGCUACCGCUUCGAGGACGUUGUCCAUGCCACCCCUGAGGAGAUAAACCCGUCCAAGUACUUCCAACAGGACAGCUCCAUCUACUUCAGCUGCAGCCUGUAUGACCUCAACAAGAGCGAUGGUCCAUCUUCACGGCACCGGAGCCUCAGCUGCGCCAGCUCGGUGACCAGCCACGCACACUCCCGUUGCUCAUCAACACAUGAACUUGCAACUGCGGCUGCUGCUGCUGCCCCGCCACCCAGCGUAAUCUCACUUGCAGGUCCGUGCGACAAGCCUGGCACUGUCAUUGCCCCGGAAGCAGCAGCUUACAGUACCGAAGACAUUUCAAGGGAACUGGAAGCCUGUUCCUAGGUCACCCGCACCGGAUGCUGAAAAUACAUGGCAUACAAGUCAGCUUGUUUGCUUUUCAUUUAAAUUUCACUUUUAAUUUACUUUUGAGAAUCGGGGCAGUAUUGCACAAUGAGGUCAGUGCGGUCAUUGCUGCAAGGGCCGCUCCUUAUGGCUUGGAGGAAUUGGAAGCAUGCUCCUGGACCACCUUUGAGGCAUUAUGAAGAAUGCUCAUCAAAUAUGUGUUUGCCUGUUUGCAUUCUUCUCGUCGAAAUUUUUUUUUCCCUUUUCAUCUGACAUUCACCAGGCUAUACUUUGAGUAGAUAUUUUAAUUUCGUCUAUUGAUGUUGACACGGCUGCAUGGCUGACUUAGUUUCUCCCUUUCUUUUUAUUAGUACAGGGGGAGUCGAUGACUGACUUUGAAAAUCCUUUCUUCCAUGCAAUGUACCGUGUACUGCCAUGACGUCUGAAACAAUCUCCAGGAAACUGGAUGGCUGCUCCGACCAGCGUUGGCUGUAAAAUAUUCUCGUUGCAUGCUCAUGUAAAUUGGCGUGUUUUUAUUGGUUUGUGUUUUUUAACUCUUUCAGAAUGCUCACAACCUUGUUUUUAUGUGGGCGGUUAAAUAUAAAACAGCAGUGUUUUAUUAUAAUACGCAGCAAUCUCCAAUGCAGCAAUGUACUUUGCUCACAGAAUGAAAACAUGGCAGGGAAACUAUUAAGUAAACACUUCGUAUGUGCAAUUACUCUACAGUGCCAUGUCAUGUCACUACGAGCCUGGUCACUAAAGGUGAUGCAUGUUCUGAUCAAAGUGUAUGAGCCAAAAUUAUGCCGAAGUCACAAGAACUGCAGAUGUUGGAAACGAAAGUAUGCACAUUAGUUAGGCCUAAAUUUACGUGGUUCAUUCCAUGAGCACUGUACAUAGAAUCAAAUAAUUUGACCAAACUGGGUUUCUAAAUUCAUUCUGUUCCUCCUUAACAUUGUUCAGAUCAAGUUGUGUUAAGUGUUCCUUUUGCUCUGAACAAAUGCUUGGUCAUGUAGCAGUGACAUUGCUUAGUCAGGUCUUCCUGCAGAGCUUUUAUAACUCUGACAAGACAGGGAAGUUCUUUGCAAGUGUCACGAAGUUUUGGAAGCAUUGUCAAGGAGAUACAAAUUUCGAGGGUGUAGAUAUUGGUGUACUUGAUAGAAGCGAAUUGGCAGCUUGCCUGCCAAGCAGCUAUGAUCAUUUGUUGCAUGCAUUUUUUACCAAGACAAGUUUGGCACACGAAUUUAUGCACAUUUCUAACUUUGUGCCCUGCUCUUGAGCACACGUAAAAAGGUACAACUAGAUCUCUGGUGCUUUUGUUCAAAUUCUAAUUGCAAAUUGAAAAAAAAAAAAUUCAUAUUUAGUUAAUACAAGAUUGUUCCCGGUGUCAUCCAUCACUGUUGUGUUUUGUAAAUUGAAUGCGCAUUGUCCCAAGUUGUACUACACAUAGGGCACAAGAGUGAUGAUGUCGCAAAUUUUAAUAUAAAUUUCAUAGCAGCAUUAUUGAAUUGCUAGCUGACCCACCGCCUGUCUGCUGCCAUUUUUGUUUUGUUUUGAUUACGUGCAGUUUGAAAAACUGGAAACCAAGCCAGAAAUUCCUUAACAUGUGUCUCAGAGUAGGCUUUCUUUCUGCAGAGUAAAACAACUAAGAGGUAAAAUGCGGACCAAUCUAGACAGUUCAUCACUGUAAUGGGUGCAGCAGUUGUUUUGAAAGCCCAGAAAGUUGGCUUAGUUGUGUCUUGCAUGUUUUCUAUGUAAGUGAGCAUAGGUGUUAGCCACGGUGACACGUGGCUAGCACCAUCGUAGGGGUGACAUGUGUCCAUUCCAGACUGAAGUCAACAGCAUCCAACAAGUCUUGGUAUUGUUGUAAGUCAAGGCAAACUUUUGAAAUUGCAUGCUUCUAUUUUUUAAAAGGUUCACAAAGAGAGAGAGUGACGAAAUAUUUGUCAUGACAAAAUAUAACCUAGCUAGUCGUUGAUGAGGUGCAAGAAGAUUUAUCUUGUGAUAAGCAUGGGCAAUUUAAGUUGAAGUGUGUACAUAUCAGACAGCAGCUUCUUUGACUGCAAUGAUUAUUUUUGCUAGAUGCGUAGCUGAAAACUAGCAUUUCCCGUCAUUCCAUUUUUGCUUCAUAACCACUUCAUGUGCAGCAUUCAGUUAACACUCCAGCAUUGUACUACAUCACAAGGUGCAACUGUUUGCGUCUCAAGUACUCGUCCCCGUUCUUUUAUAACAUGUGUGCUGAAGUUUUUUUGUGAAUCUAUUAUUAAUAUACAUUCCCACAUUUUGAUUUUGUGUGUGAUAAUAGUCACCUUGCAUAUAUUAUUUUAAAACCAAAUUUUAGCAUAACACGUGAGCAUGUGAAAAUAGCUUAGUUUUGGAAAACAAACUGUUUGCACUUUUUUGAUGUUGAACAUGUUGGCUGGUUAGGUAAGUCUUUAUUAUCUAGGUGCAGUUAGUCGCAUAAGCAUAUAAGAAGAGCUUGCCUUUGCCUCCUCUUUGUAGCAGUGCUCGGUUGCUUGAAAUGUACAUCUGAAUGCUUGGAAAGCUGAAGUCCAUGGAUAAUACAUCCCGAUUCAUGUGUGAUGUUUUUAGUGACAAAUUGAUGUAACAUUGAUAAUUGACCUUUGGUAAUAGUCAACUUUUUAAAGGCAGCCAUUUUUGUCGGCUUUUGCAACAAAAGCAGGAUACGACAGUUGCAUGCAAUUUCAGUCUGAAUUUUGAAGAUCUUAGUUGAAAAUGUUUUCUGUUCAAGUCUUAUUUUGGUGAAAUGUACCAUGCUUACUCGGUGGCUGCAUGGCUGAUGUGCCCCACCCCCAUUUCUUCGGUUUUCUGGUUUUUACGCUGUUUGAGACACACAUUGGAGCUGCUGUGGAUACUGAAGUACAAGAUUGUAAAUGCGGUGGGUAAUGGCACUUGGAAGCGUUGCUUGCUUUGAUGCUUGCAACUAGAGUUCUGUGUUUUUUGCCCGCUUGUUAUGGUCUACAUGGGAAAAGUAGAGGAGACUGUUUUACUGUAAGGAUUACCUAGCAUUGAGUUUGGGAGAGUCCCGUUGGAGACUUGUGUACAUAUGUACGUACCACAUGUAUUUAUUACUACAAAUAAACACUAUAUUGUCAGAGCCAA